AUGCUUUCUCAGUUUUCAUCACCUUUUCAUUCAUGGGAUACACCACUAGACUCACCAUCUAGAAUGGACAUUCCUGUGAGCCCACGCUCCAAUCCUCCUCCACUAACAUCUAGCAGUAUUAAAGCGAUAAAAGAACUCAGCCAAGACCAUUUUCAAAUAAAUUCAAUUAAAUCAUAUCAAAUACGAUCUGGCCUAACGCAUUAUAUUUCACCACCAGAACAAUCUCCGCCAGAUAAUAAUUUUUUGGAAUUAAAAUUAUGUUUGGCAACGAGAAGUUUUGUAGAUCAAUCAUCAAAUCAAGCAAAUUCACUUCAAUACUCAAUAAGACUCAUUUGUUCUUAUCUUCGUUUUCGUAAUUAUGAAGCUGCAAUCGAUGCUUCUCAAACUGCUUUAAAUAAAGUUACGGACAGCGGACUGAUACCUUUCCUCGGACUUUUAGCAGCAAUAUGUAAUAGAUCUGAAGCCGAAGAAAUGAUAUUUUUCGAAGCAGCAGAAAAAAGUUUUUAUUUAGAUGAUGAUUUACCACAAUUCUAUCGUCUUAUUGAUGAGUUACUAGUACUAAGAUCCCUUCCUGAAUCCGAAAUCAAAGAUUACCAUUCUCCACUGAUAAAUUUGAUUUUACCUGAUAAUCGAGAUCUCAUCAAAGCUCUUAAAGAAAAGGUCCACAUAUUCCCACGUAUCGGAUCUGACCUACAAAAGCUUUUAAUUAAGUACAGAAGACAUAAAAGUCAAACUCAUCCACAAUCUCUUGUUGAAAUGCUUCAGAUUGUUGACCAAGCUAAAGAAAACUUACCACAAUUGCUUCCUGUAUGCGAAGGUCUUUCAAGUAUCGAAAAUAGUCAAUCUAAUACCUCCAAAAAGCCAAAAGCAAGGGCCAAAUCCAAGGUUAAACAGACUCUGAAGAUGAAACAAGCAAAUGGAAACCCAACAGAUAAGGUUUUGAUGCUAAUUCAAAAUCGAGAAUGGAAAGCUGCAGCCGCAGCAGCUACAGAGUACUUAGAACAGAACCCUGAUGAUGCUGAUAUGCUCCAACAUAGAGCUUUCGCCUUAAUGAACCUUUACAAGAAUCAUGAUGCAAUUAUUGAUAUUUCAAAGGCAAUUUCUAUAAAGAAAACAGAUAGAAGAUUAAGGAUGAGGGCUGCCCUAUGGAUAACCUUAGGAGAAAGAGAUCUAUGUGAUGCAGAUUUAGCUGCUGUCGAAGUCAAGGAUCCAAAUGAUACAAAAAUUGAAUCUGUUUGA